GAUGGAGUCCAACUCGCAAACUGCACCAACCAGCACUCUGGCGCACAACGGAAAUUUUUUACCGCGCGAUUCAAAUAAUCCUUUGGGGAGGGUCCGGGGUUUCUUUUCUUUCGAUUAUUCACCAACGGACAUCGCGUGGCUCGUUCCGUGGCUCUGUGGCUUUGCCGUCCUUUUGAAGGGGUUUGGGUGUGAUAUACUCGUGGGAGCGCCUAUUACCCGUCUGAUCGAGCUGGCAGUAUGCCGCCAAUAUUUCAACACCCACAACCCCGGCCUUGUUGAUAAAGAUGGCUAUGUUGAAGAAAUUCACUGCAAAGUGGAUGAUAUCCAGGUGGAGAUGGCCUUGAUACUUGGGGUUGCUGGCCUUCUAAGCGCACUUAUCGGUAAGCGUCAGACCACUUUCUUCAAAUCUUCUGGUGUCGGAUUCUCAUAUUCAAACGGGCAAAUUAACGCUGAGCGAUAGAGUUGCUGGUAUCUGUGCCACUAGGGAUUGCGGCCGAUCAAAGAGGCAGAAGAUUUGGUCUGACACUUAAUGCUGUGGGGGGAUUAUGUUAUUACCUGUGGGUCGUUAUCGUUUGUCAGUUGUGCCUGCCACCCAGUAUCCAGGAUCUUGCUCACGCAAUCCGUUCUCGGGAAAAGGUGUAUUCUACAACCUUUUCCCGCCUAGACUAUUGGUUACCUCCUCACUAUUCUACGCUAUCGGUGGAGGUCCUCACAUGUUUUCCGCCUUCAUCCUAGCCAUGAUUGCUGAUGUUACAACUGAAAAACGAAGGUUAGAGAGCCCCUGUGGUUUAUGCCCGAUCACCUCUAACGAGACUAUUUGUACGCCUCUAGGACUCGCCAAUUCUACGUCGUUCAAUCUGUUGUGCAAGUUGUUCAACUAAUAUCUCCGGCUAUCGGCUCCCUGUUUUUGGGCAUUGGGUUGUGGACACCAUUUUAUGUAGGGCUUUCUGCAAUGGUUAUUCUCGUAGGGGUAGUGCUUGUCAUCCCGGAAACUGCUGCUGCUUCCGGGAAUCCCGCACCUUUAUCAACCGAACAGGAUCCCUUGCUUGGCUGCUUAUCCUCUAGCCCCUUCGCACCUACUAUCGCACCGGGGCAUACUGAACAGGAAACAAUCACUGAUGCGCUUGAGACCCCGUCCUCAUACCCCGAGCUUCCGAGUCGUGCUCAAUUUCUUAAUCUGGCGUCGCAUGGACCCAUCAUUCCACUUUCGCUCGCCACUUUCUUUUUUUCAAACAUCUGUCGUGGUUCAUUGAGUGUGCUGCUGCAGUACGUAUCGAAGAGAUACAGCUGGUCGCUUUCUCAGGAAGGUUGAAUUCCGGUCUCAAACCAGUAAAUGCUAACCCAUUGACCAGGCUGGAUACCUGAUUUCAUUAAAGGCCCUUUCCAGCGCUAUCCUGUUUCUGGUCAUCCUACCAUGUCUUACACAUACCCUGACGACGUCCUGGGGCUUAUCUACUCAAAACGCCAACAUAUUAGUGGCAAAGAUAAGCAUCAGCUUACUAACUUUAGGGUGUCUGUUUAUCGGCCUAGCUGCCAAUGUACCAUUACUGAUGAUUGGUAUGAUGACGGCUCACGCAUUCUAUCGUAUUAUUAACUCACAUUGUUAGCACUCUUCAUCAUGUCUUUGGGGUUUGGGUUUGGGACUGUGGUGCAAUCUAUUGUUACUUCCACUGUACGCAAAGACCAAGUUGCUCGGCUCUACUCGGCCAUAUCUAUCGCUGAAACUGCAGGCACCCUAGUCGGCCAGCCCUUACUAGCACUAGGUCUUGCUGUGGGGUUCCGACUCGGUGGUCCAGCAGUUGGGCUUCCAUGGUUUAUGUGUGUAGUGAGUGGGCCUUUGUGUGCGCAUACAUUCCUCCAAGCUAGUUUAACAGUGUACACUGCUUUCAGGUGUUGUACGCCAUUGCCGCGCUCCCAGUUUGGUGGAUGGCGGCUGGAAGCCCGGUACCUGCACGUCUUGUCCCUCAAUCUUGGGUUGGGGAAGAACAUUGAUAGGGUACAAAUUGAUAGAAUGCUAUUGCCUCAAAUACAGAAACGGGUAGGGACCUCUACCUUAAAGAUUUUUUUUUUUUGGAGAAUUGCCAGCACAUAAUAAAAUGAAUUCAAAAAAAUAUUCGACUGAAAAAAAAAAAACUACCAAAUAUGUAGGGGAUUUAGGAAAAUACGCCUUCUAGUGUGUCAUGGGCCCGAUAGUCGCCUGCUUCCUCAGCAUCAAUAUAUGCACGUGCGAGUGGGCAAAGAUCUCUCUUACCGCUCCCCAGCACACCUUCAUAGCCUCUCGCAAACUAACCGCGUCACUUACAACCAUGACAAACCCAACAGAUACGAGCAGGCCACAACUUUGAAUCAUCCAUCCUCUCAUGGCACCCAAAAGUCCACACGGAUUCCACAGCUUGGGUGGGUUCCGUUUCAGGGGUGAUGGGUAGUGUGAUGCUAACCCUACCAACGGUCUUCUCGACGCCGUAGGGGGCGUCGUGGAUCUCAUCGCCAAGCACGGUCAAGCCCACCAAGUCCCCAAUCCCCAGCCCAACCAGCAACUCGUAGAGCUCCCUCACGAAAUCCUGAUCGAACGAGAUGCUCGGGAAAUUCUCCACGCCGGGUGGAUUGAAUCCGAACUCAAUGGGGUAAAGAUGGCCAGCGGAGUAGGCCCACGAUCUGGGGAUCACUUUGCCACCGAAUACCGAGUCCCCGUUGGCCUCCGGGAGUAGCCAGGGGGUGGCUACGCUCCCGAACUCCACUAGCUUCUCCUCUGGUGUCAUGUCAAAGUGUCUAUGCAGGACCAUGACCCCGAGGGUCCUGUGAACGCCAUAGCGGAUGAAAAGGGAUCUUUAAGUUGAUUCGGGGAUUUGUUUUUUCAGUUAGGGCAUGGCCGUCUCGAACGUGUGAACAAGGAAGGAGGGUAUUUUUUUUUUGGGAGACAGGGCAUUGGCUCGUAUACAGACCUGACUUCCCCUAACAUCUCUUUGUCUACGACCCUCUCUUCGAGGCUCCUAUAAGCUUCAUCUAUGUGGUGUAAUUGGGCAAACACUUCGGGGUGGUAUGGAUGGGGAACGUAGACGGAGGCGACCAUUGUUGUUUUAGAGAAGUGAAAGAGGGAUGAGGAGGGAGCAGUAGCAAUAGAGUAGAAAUCGAGAAAUUCAGAUAGGAGGCCAAUUGGAGCAAGGAAAAUGGGGUAAUAGGAAUCUGCCGUCCCCCCUCUCUAUCAGGUGAAGAUGUAGAGCAGAUAUAUGGAUUCCUGAUCUUCCUCACCUUCCUUUCCUCCUUCCAUCCACCAUCGAUCAACCAUUGGGGAGUUUAUAUAACCCCAGAAGCGCUAAACGGUAAUACGUGAUAAUUCCCACCCGGGCCGGGAGGAAGCCUACCUGCCAGUAGGACUUGAACCAAAGGCCUCUCGAACCACCGCCCCUCGGGCUGCGCAGGCGCGGCCACUAACGAGGUUCAAACAAGUUUGCAUCCCCCCCCCCUUCCC